UAAAAUACUAGAUUUCACCCUCCUAAAAAAUUCCCAUUUCUUGCUCUUUGUCGACCUGCUAGUCUCUUCUUCUUCUUCUUAUUCUCUCUCACUAGCAAGCGGCCGGAAAUUCGGUACCUUGACAAGAAUCCAUUACUGGGGUGCUUAAAAAUCUAACCAGGAACGAGAUGGGAUUGUACAGAUCAUCCAAAUCCUUAUAGUUUUCUCUCUGUAGAUUGAUUAUAGAGACUUUAUUGUAAAUGCUCUUUUAUGAGUCUCCCUGGCUAUUCCGAUUCCGCCGUUGUUAUAGAUUUGCAACAUAAUUUUCAUUGGAAAAUGUGGAUAUGGAUAUCAUUGAAGUUGAAGAAAAAGUUAUUUGCAGGAAGUGAUUCGAAGUUUUUGUAGAUUUGCAAUAUAACUUGCAUUGGUAAAUGUGGAAUAUGGAUACCAUUGAAGUUGAAGAAAAUUUAUUUGCACCAAGUGAUGCAAAGCUACAUGGAGAGAUGUGCAAGGCACUCUCUAAAAUAUAUUGCAAAAUCUUGUCAAUUUUCCCUUCUUUGGAAGAAGCACGACCUAGGAGCAGAUCUGGCAUUCAAGCAUUAUGUUCAUUGCAUAUAGCACUUGAAAAAGCCAAGUAUAUUCUUCAGCAUUGCUCAGAAUGCAGUAAGCUUUAUUUGGCUAUCACGGGAGAUUCUGUUCUUCAAAAGUUUGAGAAAGUGAGAUCUUCUCUUGUAGAUAGUCUUAGGCGGGUUGAAGACAUUGUCCCACAGUCAAUUGGAUGCCAGAUUUCAGAGAUUGUAAGUGAAUUGGCGGGUAUUGUGUUCUCACUUGAUCCAUUAGAGAAACAAGUGGGUGAUGAAAUAAUUGCAUUGCUUCAGCAAGGGAGAAAAUUUGAUGACUGUAAUGACAAUAAUGAGCUAGAAUCUUUUCAUCAGGCAGCCACUAAACUUGGUAUUACUUCUUCCAGAGCAGCUCUUACAGAGAGAAGGGCUCUUAAAAAACUUAUAGAAAGAACUCGGGUGGAGGAAGACAAGCGGAAGGAGUCUAUUGUUGCUUUUCUCUUACAUUUGAUGAGGAAAUUUUCCAAGUUAUUUAGAAGUGAGAUCACAGAUGACAAUGAUUCACAGGGUUCAACACCUUGUUCACCCACAGUUCAGGGUUCUUUUGAGGAUGCCAGUGAUGGCCAUUCAUUUGAGCGACAGCUGUCAAAGUUUAGUUCUUUCCAUUUUAAGGCAAACACUAGGAAAUAUUGUCCGAUGGCCAUUCCACCAGAAGAAUUAAGGUGUCCAAUAUCAUUGCAGCUAAUGUAUGAUCCUGUAAUCAUUGCAUCUGGACAAACAUAUGAGAGAAUCUGCAUUGAGAAAUGGUUUAGUGAUGGGCACGACACCUGCCCAAAGACUCAACAGAAGCUCUCUCAUCUUUGCUUGACUCCUAAUUAUUGUGUCAAGGGUCUUGUCACUAGUUGGUGUGAACAGAAUGGGGUUCCAGUCCCUGAUGCCCCCCCAGAGUCUCUUGAACUCAACUAUUUUAGGCUUUCAUUAUGUCAAUCAGAGACUGCAAAUUCAAGAUCGGUGGACUGCAUCAGCUCUGACAAAUUGAAAGGGAUAAAGAUAGCUCCUUUAGAGGAGAGUGCUACUAUCGAGGAGGCUGGACAACAUGAAAUGGAAAGUUCGACUCCAGAAGAGGAGUUAGCACAUGAAGAAGAAUUUGAGCAUGAUAUGUUUCAAGAGUAUCAGAAUUUUCUGAACAUCUUGAAUGAAGAAAGGGACAUGGGUAGAAAGUCCAAGGUAGUAGAAAAAAUAAGGCUUCUGCUGAAAGAUGACGAGGAGGCCAGGAUAUAUAUGGGGGCUAAUGGGUUUGUUAAAGCACUGUUACAAUUUUUAGAGUCAGCUGUUCAUGAAAGGAAUGUGGUGGCUCAGGAUUGUGGAGCCAUGGCUCUCUUUAACCUUGCUGUCAAUAAUAACAGAAACAAGGAAAUGAUGCUGGCUAAAGGUGUUAUCCCAUUGCUGGAGAUGAUGAUAUGCAAUUCAGAUUCCCAUGGAUCAGCAACAGCCCUCUAUUUGAAUCUCUCCUGCCAUGAAGAUGCAAAAUCCAUAAUUGGCUCGAGUCAGGCUGUUCCCUUUUUAGUCCAGAUUCUUCAACGUGCACCUGAACCUCAGUGCAAGAUGGAUGCCCUCCAUGCCCUCUAUAAUCUCUCCUCUCUGGCCUCCAAUAUUCCGAACCUCCUUUCAGCUGGCAUCAUCAGUGGCCUCCAGUCCCUUCUUGCAGCCCCUGGUGACUUUGAAUGGGCUGAAAAAUCUUUAGCGGUGCUGGUAAAUUUAGCGUCAAGUCAAUCUGGAAAAGAUGAAAUGGUUGCAGCCCCUGGUCUUAUUAGUGCACUAGCAACAAUAUUGGACACGGGGGAGCCCAUUGAGCAGGAGCAAGCUGUCUCAUGCCUUUAUAUUUUGUGCAACUGCAGUGAAAACUGCAGUCAAAUGGUCCUACAAGAAGGGGUGAUUCCUGCAUUGGUCUCUAUGUCAGUAAAUGGUACCACAAGAGGGAAAGACAAGGCUCAUAAACUUCUAAUGCUAUUCCGGGAGCAACGGCAGCGCGAUCAACCUCAAUCUCAACCUCAACCCCCUGUUGGGGUGCGCAUUCGAUGUGCUGAAAGUAGUUCUAAGGCAAUGCCAAGUCAGGAAUCAAAGCCACUAUGUAAAUCGGUCUCCAGGAGGAGGAUGAGCAAAGCUUUAAGCAUUUUUUGGAAGAGCAAGAACUAUUCAGUUUCCCAAUGUUAAACUUGGUAUUGUAAAUUUCUUCUGUAUCUUCUAUUUCUCUCUUUCUUUUGUUCUGUCUCCAUGGGCAUUAUUUAAUUUUGUCUUCAUUGAGAAGAAGAGAUGUACAGGCCCGUGUAAGUUCUGUAUUUUUUUCCCCUCAUUUUUGUGCCUUUCUGGGUAGGAAAUACGUGUGCCUCAUGUCAUUGUAAGUGAAGCUCUAGUCGAUUAACCUUCAUGAUCAAACACGUAUGCCAUUCUUUUAUUUCCA